GUGCGGAGAUUUCUAUCGUCUCAUCGACAAACACUACUCUGUUAACGACAUGGCAGAAGUCGCUCCCGCAGCAGCCCCAGCACCGGCCGCCGAGGCGGCUCCAGCAAAGGCCCCGGCCAAGAAGAAGAAGGCGGCAUCAGCGAGCAAGACUACCAAGAAGGCUGGCCCGUCCGCUAGCGAGCUCAUCGUAAAAGCUGUGAAAGAGUCCAAAGAACGUAAAGGACUCUCUCUGGCUGCUAUUAAGAAGGAUCUCGUCGCUCGCGGUUACGACGUAGAGCAUAACUCUGCUCACGUCAGGCGCGCUUUGAAAAGCCUGGUGCAGAAAGGCGCUCUGGUCCACACCACCGGAACCGGGGCAUCCGGUUCUUUCAAGGCAGCCAAGCCAGCGGAGAAGCCCAAGAAGGCAGCCAAAAAGCCCGCUGCUAAAGUAAAGAAACCGGCGGCAAAGAAGGUAACUGCAGCUAAGAAACCAGCCACCGCCAAGAAGCCCAAAGCAGCAAAAGCCACCCCGAAGAAGGCAAAGAAGCCCACGGCAGCUGCAAAGAAGGCUGUGGCCAAGAAGGCAAAGAGCCCCAAGGUGAAGAAGACAGCCGCGCCCAAGAAAGCAGCGACUCCCAAAAAACCUGCAAAGAAGGCUGCAAAGCCCAAAGCUGCCAAGGCCAAGAAGGCUACACCUAAGAAGAAGUAAAUCACUCGCUUCUUCUUCACAACAAAAGGCUCUUUUUAGAGCCACCAGCUGUUUCUCUGAGAGAUCCUCCGGUUGCUCAUUGGACUUCUUUAUGCUUCAUGUUGGCUUUAUCACAGACUGUAAUUGGACUGGUUCCUGUCUCACCCUCCUCUGGACUGUAAAUAUCCACGAAGAAUUACCCUUUUGGUGUUUGUUUGUGGUGUGGGUGGGUGUUUAUUUUAUUUUUUUUAAAUAUAUAAAUUUAAAGAAAAGCUUGUAAAUAUGCUUUCUGAUGUGCUGUGAAUGUGUAGUGUUUGCACUUUCUAUUCGAAAGUCUGUUCAUGAAUAAAACUUAUUUUUACAUCAA